AGCUGUUUCAUGUUGAUUUCCCCUGUUGAUUGUUAUAUUUUUGGCCACGUAAUUUUAUUCACAUGUUCGAUAGAAAGUUCUAUUUCAGAUAAAAGGCCUAUAAAAGCUAUAAGCAUUUAACAAAGCCACAAAGGAGUUAUGGAUAAGACAUCGUUUUUGUUAUUGACCUGUGUGUUUGCUGGCCUAUGUCUGCCUUGUUUAGGCUUCACAGUGGACGAGGUAAAAUGCCAUGUCUGCAAGGCUGUGGUCAAUGAAAUGGAGGAAGAAGUGGCCAAGGUAGAUCCCAAGAAGAAAAUCGAAGUAAGCGGGUUUCGUUUAGACUCCAGUGGAAAUGCUGUAGGCAAAAGUGUGGUCAUGGCCAAAUCCGAAAUGUUCUUAAGCGAAGUUAUGGAUAACAUCUGCGAAAAAAUGGAUGAUUACCUCAAGGCUACCCACAAGAAGACUGGAAAAUUUACUUUAUUGAAGAUAAUGGUCGAUGGCAAAAUGAAUCCGCUAUCAAGCGAAGUCGAUUUUGUCCAAGAUGGAGAUAUGAACAAAAGUUUGGGCCACUACUGCCUUGAGUUUGUAGAAAACUACGAAGAUGUUAUAUUCAAACACUUCAAAGCCGAUACCCUGGAUGAACAUUUAGAUAUUAAGAUAUGUUCAGAAGACUCGGACUAUUGCAAUGAUGCGCCCGUACAGGAGGACUAUGAGUUUGAUGACAAGGAUGAACUUUGAUAAUUUUAAUCGCCUUUAUGGAAAUUUUGUUUAAUAGUUUAAUACUCUAAUUUAUAGUAUGAAUUUAAAGCUAGGAUUAUUUUUUUAUAUAUAAAAAUGAAAUUAGAAAGUUUUUAUAGUUGAAUAUUUUUAAUAAUAUUUUUCUAGCUUAAGCUUCAGUGAAGCUUACAAUGUUGACGAAUAACAAUCACAAUGAAUUUUAUAUAUCUUUUUCGAAACAUGUAGCAUGCCUGUAAGUCUUUGGAAGAUAAUACAUAAUUCUUAUAUCAACAAUUCAAUGAAA